AUGCCACGAUCUGUGAGGCUUGACGGAUUUACCGGUGAGUUGAGCGAGGCAUGUGGCCUUUACACUCUGAGCUACUUCUACAACAACCACUUCCCAGUGUACCGAAAAGAUUGUGACUCUUAUGAUCUUGUCCCAGUCCUUGGCAACAGGGUCACAAGGCUUCAACUGUGCCUUGCAGACGGCUGGGAACUGAGAAAGAGCCAUGACCUCUUCAAAACGUGGAAGGUAGUCGCAGGGUGCUUGGGUAUCUUUAUGCAUUCACCUGCCGGUGAGGCCUAUUGCUGGUGGGUGAGGUCAAAGUGCCGUGAUAGCAUCAUCAAUGGCAUCAAGUGUGAGGCAACGGACGAAGACACCAUGCCCCUUCGCUGGCCAAUGGUUAUGACGCAGCUGGAUCGUUUGCCAGAUGAACAUGGGCAUGAAGAGGCUUCGUCCAUCCAAUGCUCUUCAUGCUCUCCUAAGAAGCUUGCUGAAAUCGACGCAGGCCAUGAAGUCGGCGAUGGUAAUGGACGUGACGAUGCUAGCCUAACUAUAGAUGAGGUGCAAGAAGCUCCCUCGGAAAUCAUCGUGGAGGAAAAGGCCGAGUUGCCUCAGCCGCCAAAGGAAGGGAAGAAGAAGAAAGUGAAGAAAAGCAAAGCUGCGACAGGUACCCCAGCAAGAUCAUCCACAUCACCGGAUGCCGACGUGGUAGGAAGACAAGCAGAUCAGACAAGAGUCAGCGAUACAGAUGCCAAGGCAGAUGAAUUUUAA